CGCCCCCCCCCCUCCCCCCCCGGGUCUCCAGGUUCCCCCCUAUUGCUGCCCAGGCCCUCACCCUCCUCUCCCGCACAGGCCUCGGGGCGCCGGGCACGGCAUGGAUUGAGCGAGCGCCCGCUGCCUCCCCACGCCCCACAGCACUCCAGCAGGGUAAAUGAGUCAGAAUGGACCAGGAGGGCGGGGGUGACUUCCCGAGAGCCCCCAAUGUCCCGUGGCGCAGCUACAAGCUGCUGGUGGACCCCGCGCUGCGCCGUGCCCCCCAGAAGAUCUACCGUUAUGAUGGCAUCCACUUCAGCGCCCCCGAUGCGCGGUAUGCCCCCGUGGAUGAGGUGCGGGACCCCCGGCACCGCCGCAUCUGGGCUAAGCACCGUGACCUCUCACUGCCUGUGCCCAAGUUCAAGCUGGACGAGUUCUACGUGGGGCAGAUCCCACUGAAAGAGGUGACCUUCGCCCGCCUCAACGACAACAUCAAGGAGCCCUUCCUGGCUGAGAUGUGCCGCAAGUACGGUGAGGUGGAGGAGAUCGAGAUCCUCUACCACCCCAAGACCCGCAAACACCUGGGCCUGGCCAAGGUGCUCUUUGCGAGCACGCGUGGCGCCAAGGACACUGUCAAGAACCUGCACAACACCUCUGUCAUGGGCAACCUCAUUCACGCCCAGCUCGACAUCAAAGGCCAACAGCGCAUGAAGUACUACGAGCUGAUCGUGAACGGGGCCUACACCCCACAGACUGUGCCCACAGGCGGCAAGGCCCUCAGUGAGAAGUUUCUGGGCUCUGGCACCCCGGCUGACACGCCAGAGUCCCGGAGGCGCCAGUCCACGGACAACUCAUACCCUGGCAAUGCCCUGGCGUCGACGCCCGGCAACGGCACCCCCUGCUCCCAGGACACCCCAUACUCCAGCGGGCGCCAGGAUACACCCUCAUCCUAUGGCCAGUACACACCGCAGUCGUCCCAGGGGACCCCCUACACGCCUCGCGGGGGCACACCGUACUCCCAGGACUCGGCCUACUCCAGCAGACCACCGCCACCCCCACCAGGGGCUGAGGAGCCUCCCACUGCCUCACCUGCCCGCCCAGGCUCGCCAGCGCCUGAGGACACACCAGAAAGUGUGCCCUUCACCCAGCACAGCAGCCUGGACUCACGCAUUGAGGCGCUGCUCAAGGAGCAGCGCUCCAAGUUCUCCUUCUUGGCCUGCGAUGCUGAGGAUGAGGAGGGGGCAGUGGCAGUGGCAGUGGGCACGGUGGGGACAGCAGUGGCAGCAGCAGGGGGCGCCCUGCCCAGCACAGCGGUGGCACCUGAGCCUCAUGGGCCCUGCACACCGCCCCCUCCUCCCCCUGGCAGCUUCGAAGACGUGGCGCCUGAUGGGCCCGGAGACUCGCCCAAGGCCAACGGGCAAGAUGGGGCCUCACCGCGCUCAUCAGGCGAGGACAUGGAGAUCUCGGAAGAUGAGGCAGAGGACACGGCACCCGCCCCCCUGGACCCGCCGUUCCCUGGCCUGGCACACGUGCCCCUGGGCAUUUCGGCCUUCGGUGCCCCCCGGCCCCCGGAGCCACCCCCGCCACCGCCCACUUACCCCCUGCAACCCCUCAUGUCCGUGUCCCUGCCCCAUUUAGCAGGCACCGACGCUGACUAUGGAGUGGCGGACUACACGGGUAGCUAUGACUACGCCAACUCCCUGGAGCUGAUGAGCCGACUGGGGGCGCAAUGGGGCGGUGUGCCCAUGUCCUUCCAGAUGCAGACUCAUGUACUGAGCCGCCUGCGCCAGCUGCGCCAGGCCAAGACGCCCUACGAGGCAGAGGCAGCCCCUGCACCUGUCUGGCCCGGUGCCUGGGACACCACCUGCUAUGCCCCAGCCUACAGCGGCACUGGGCGGCACUACAGCUUUGCUGCGGCUGAGCUGGGUGAUGAGUGCCCACCGGGCACAGAACCCACACCGCUGCCCGCACCGCCUGCCUGGGGGGCUGCCCCCCGCGCCCCCCAUGCCGCCACGGUGGAGAGCGUGCUGGCCGCCCUCAUCCAGGAGAUGAAGAGCACCAUGCAGCGCGACCUCAACCGCAAGAUGGUAGAGAAUGUGGCCUUCAGCACCUUCGACAAGUGGUGGGAACGCAAGGAGCAGAAGGCCAAGCCCUUCCAGACAGCGGCCAAGCAGGCGGCCAAGGAGGAGGAGAAGGAGAAGGCCAAGCUGCGUGAGCCGGGGCUGCUGUCCCUCGUCGACUGGGCCAAGAGUGGUGGUACCGUGGGCAUCGAGGCCUUUGGGUUUGGGGCUGGCCUGCGCGGCGCCCUGCGCCUGCCCUCCUUUAAGGUGAAGAGGAAAGAGCCCUCGGAGAUCUCAGAGAACAGCGAAGAGAAACGCCCGCGGCCCUCCACGCCGGCCGAGGACGAUGACGAUGACAAGGAAGGCCCGGGGGGUGCCAAGGCCCCGAAGCGGGAUGAGGAGUGGGUGAAGGGCCCUGGGAAGCGCCGCAAGCUCUUCUGCCUGGACAGCGAGGGUGAGGAGGCCUCCGAGGACUCGUCCUCUGAGAAGGAGGAGGAGGAUGACGAGGCAGAAGAGGAGGAGGAGGAGGCACAAGCCGAGGAGGAAGAUGCCGGGCGCAGUGACAAGGAGUCAUCGGAUGAUGAGGCGGCUAGCGAGGACUCCUCCAAAUACUCGCUGUAUGAGGAGUCGGACGAGGACAGCGCCAGCACCUCGGACUCGGACACCAGCUCCUCGUCCUCCUCCUCCUCGUCCUCGUCCUCCUCCUCCUGCGCCGGGGAUGAGAGCCCUGGGGACAUGGGCAACAAGGCCGCACCAGCCCCUCGACCUCCUGCACUGGCCCCCGAGCUGCUGCCACCGCCACCGCCACCACCACCGCCUCCCAAGGACCACCCGCCUGAGCACAACUACGCCUUGGCCCUGCGGGCCCCGCCCCCGCCCAAGCGGGCCCCGCCCCUGCCUGAGGCCCCAACCCCUGGCGACCUGCUGCCACCUGAGCUCUGUGGCGGCCAUGAGAUCCUCGAAGCCCCCGAGGAGGUGGUGGGUGAAGCGGCGGUGGCCAUCUUGGAUGAGGGCGCCAGCUCAGACAGUGAUGAGGAGGAUGAGGAUGAGGACAGUGGCAGCAGCAGCGGCGGGAGCAGCAGCAGCAGCGAGGAGGAUGCAGGGGCAACGCGGCGCCGCACCCUGCGCUCCCACGCCCUGCCCCCGGCUCCGCCCCCUCCUGCGGCCCCGCCCACCUUCGAGCCCCGCAGCGAGUUUGAGCAGAUGACCAUCCUGUAUGACAUCUGGAACGCCGGGCUGGACCUGGAGGACGCCCAGUACCUGCGACGCACCUAUGAGCAGCUGCUGCAGGCCGAUCGCGCCACCGACUGGCUCAAUGACACCCACUGGGUGCCCCAUACCAUUACCAACACAGUGGUGCCCAAGCGGAAGCGGCGCUGGCCCGAGGUGCGGGAGCACCAGACAGGCUGUGCCCGCAGUGAGGGCUACUACCCAAUCAGCAAGAAGGAGAAGGACCGGUACCUGGACCUGUGCCCCGCCACUGCCCGCGAGCCCGAUGCCCCUGACACCCAGGGCACCAACCGCAUCCUUUCGGAGCGGCGCUCAGAGCAGCGGCGCCUGCUCAGUGCCAUCGGCUCUGCAGCCCUGCUGGAUAGUGACCUGCUGAAGCUCAACCAGCUCAAGUUCCGCAAGAAGAGGCUGCGGUUUGGGCGCAGCCGCAUCCACGAGUGGGGGCUGUUCGCCAUGGAGCCCAUCGCCGCCGACGAGAUGGUCAUCGAGUAUGUGGGGCAGAACAUCCGACAGGUGGUGGCCGACAUGCGGGAGAAGCGUUACGCACAGCAGGGCAUUGGCAGCAGCUACCUCUUCCGCGUCGACCAUGACACCAUCAUUGACGCCACCAAGUGCGGCAACCUGGCGCGCUUCAUCAACCACUGCUGCACACCCAAUUGCUACGCCAAGGUGAUCACCAUUGAGGCGCAGAAGAAGAUCGUGAUCUACUCGAAGCAGCCAAUCGGGGUGAACGAGGAGAUCACCUAUGACUACAAGUUCCCCAUUGAGGACAACAAGAUCCCCUGCCUGUGCGGCAUGGAGAACUGUCGCGGCACCCUCAACUGAGCCCCACCCCCUAUUUAUUUGCCCUGCCCCCCUCCCAGGCAAAGCCUGCCUCAGUUUCCCCUCCACCAAGUGGCCCCAGGAUGCUUUGAGGUUGGUCAGGUGGAGUGGCUUCCUUGUUCAAAGGAAAUCUCUCCCGUUGUCCCCCUGGGCUGCCUCGGUUUCCCCUCUCCAACCAAAUUCCCCAGAGUCCUUUCAGGUGGGGGGAGCUUCCUCACCCAUUCUCACCCUGGGCU